AUGACCCAUCAGCUUUAUAACACUUACAUAUUCGACGAUGAACAUGAAACUUUACAAGAUUGGACCAUUUGCCCCGCCGAUGGUCCCAACGUAACGCCACAUAAUACUAAUCUCCAGAAUCAAAGUAUUGAUAAUACAUAUUGGAAACCUUUAGAAGAUUUCCAGAAUUUAUAUAAUAAAUUUCAGGAUAACAUUUUAGCUCAAUG